AACCGUCAUUGUGCGAGCAUGACCGCAAAAACGACAUUCGAUCCGACGGAGAUCUCCUCGUUCGACGUGACAUCGCUAUUGGAUGUCACUUCGAUCGAGGAGAAUCCUCAUGCCAAUAAUACUGAGGUGAACGCCAUGGAGGUCAAUUGGUUAGACAGGCCCUCAACAAUCGUGAAGAUCUGUAUCCUCGGUUCGAUCAUCACCACGGCGUUAUUCGGUAAUUUGCUGGUAAUGGUGUCCGUGAUACGGCACAGAAAGCUACGAAUUAUUACCAACUAUUUUGUGGUCUCAUUAGCACUGGCGGAUAUGCUGGUAGCGAUGUUCGCGAUGACCUUCAACGCUAGCGUGCAGGUGACCGGCAAAUGGCUUUUCGGUUAUUUCAUGUGUGACGUCUGGAAUUCUUUAGAUGUCUACUUUAGCACUAGCUCAAUACUCCAUCUAAUGUGCAUCUCAGUAGAUCGAUAUUAUGCGAUUGUGAAGCCACUCAAAUAUCCCAUCAACAUGACGAAGAGAGUAGUGGCAUUUAUGCUACUAGCCUGUUGGGUGUCGCCGGCCAUCAUUUCCUUCGUGCCAAUCUUCUACGGCUGGUACACUACGGAAGAAAACAGUAUGCAUAGGCACAAGCAUCCAGAGCUCUGCGAAUUUAAAGUCAACAAAAUAUAUGCUAUACUGUCAUCAAGCAUAUCCUUUUGGAUACCGUGUACCAUCAUGGCGGUCACAUAUUUUGCCAUAUUCAAAGAGGCUAACAAACAAGAGAAGCAGAUGCACAGCAGAAUGGGUAAUGCCAUGUUGCUCAGUCACAGACCGAGUAAAGAUCUUAAUAAUUUAAAUGGCGAACUGAAUAGCGCUGGAUCGUCAAAAACUCUGACUUUAAAUGAAAUAAACACCGAGCAUUUACACACACCGACAAAAGAUAAACAUAUAAUGAAGAUGAAAAGAGAACACAAAGCAGCAAGAACGUUGAGUAUCAUUAUGGGUACUUUCAUCCUUUGCUGGUUACCAUUUUUUCUUUGGUACGUCAUUACAGCGCUUUGCGGCGAGACUUGUCCGUGUCCCGACGUCGUGAUUGCGAUUCUAUUUUGGAUUGGGUAUACGAAUUCAGCAUUAAAUCCAUUGAUUUAUGCAUAUUUUAAUCGCGACUUUCGAGAAGCGUUUAAAAAUACCCUGCAGUGCGCUUUCUGUUCGCUCUGUAGACGAGAGCCAUUGGAUCUCGAAGCACUGGAUUUUCGUCGACCAUCCCUCAGAUACGACGAUCGCACCAAGAGCAUAUACUCAGAAACAUACAUAAAGCACAUUGAUCGACGAAGAUCGAGUGAAUUUGGCAGCAGUCUUUGAGACGAAACUACGUUCCCAAGAUUCUAAAAGCGAGUGCAAAAAAUACGCAUCUAUGUACAACACUCAUACAUAUGUAUUAUAUAUAUAAAUACGCGCGUGCGUCAAUUUAAACAUAACUAUACAUACACACAAUACAAUGCGCACGCGCAAACAUAAUCAUAUCGAGAUAUUAUUCAACACUUCGCCAAAUAAAUGAAAAUGAAGAGGAUAA